CUUGUAUCAUUAAGUCAAUCUUUUAUUCCCUUUCAGAUCCACCUGUAAUACGUUCAACCAGUUAUUUACCUCAGGGCAGUGAGUUUACCAGUAGUCAGCCAUUCAUUACUCUAGUCUGUAAUGUGUCUUCUGUAACCUUUGACCCUAAGCAUGACCUUGACCCAGUUUUCUGGUGGACGUUGCCAAGUAACAGAAAUGUGAGUGGAAACAGUAUUAUUUUAGACAAGAGUAAAGGUGAAGGGAAAUAUACAUGUUACUUGAGAAGGACGAUAAAGGGGAAAUAUGUUGUUACCAGUACAUCGAUGGUCAUCAUGUCAGGGAACGAGACAAAGACAACAGAUAUUUGUAUGACAGGAAAUUGUAUUCAAACAGCUGCUCAUAUUUUGGGCUCAAUGGACUCUUCUGUAGACCCGUGCAACAACUUCUUUCAAUACGCUUGUGGUAAUUGGAACAAGAAAAACUUUAUACCGGAAGAUCGCACGAGUUACAACACAUUUGAGAAACUUUAUGAUGAGCUGCAAUUAACUCUUCGAGCAUUGUUAGAGGACACACCUAAAGAUUAUGACAGUAAUGCUACAUUAAAGGCCAAAGUUUUGUACCAGUCCUGCGUGAAUGUUUCACAAAUAGAACAAGUAGGGGACAAACCAUUGAGGGCAUUGUUGGUAGAGUUGGGACGUUGGCCAGUGAUAGAUAAGAAGUGGUCAGCAAGGAAAUUUAUCCUGGAAGAUGUGCUGGGGGAUAUGAGAGGGAAAUAUAAUGCCCCGAUUCUUCUAGAUGUCUGGAUAGGACCUGAUGACAAAAACUCCUCCAUCAAUAUCAUGCAGUUAGAUGAGCCUGCCUUAGGUAUGCCAAGCAGAGAGUAUUAUCUACAUGAUCCAGAUUCUAUAGAUGUAAAAGCUUACCUCAGAUACAUGUGUGAUGUGGCAGAAUUGCUUGGUGCCAACCCUAUAACAGUCAAAACUGAGAUGGAGAAAGUGCUGCAGUUUGAAACUGUUAUAGCCAAUAUGAGUAAACCACAGAGUGAGAGACAUGAUACAGGUGCUAGAUAUAACAAAAUGACCAUAGGUCAGUUACAGACUGCUAUUCCCAAGUUUGAUUGGCUGAGAUAUUUUAACCGGUUUUUACCUGUCACUGUUGACGGGUCAGAGGAGAUAGUUGUGUUUGCACCAGAUUUCCUCCGUGACAUGGUCGACCUUGUGGAGCAGACGGAUGAAAGGAUUGUGAGUAAUUUUGUAAUAUGGAGGUUGAUAUUGGGGUUUAUACCAGAACUAACGUCAAGUUUCCAGGAGGCAAGAAGUGCUUACAGAAAAGUUGUACAGGGAGUGAUCCGGGACAAACCAAGAUGGAAUAAAUGUGUUGAAUAUCUCAAUGAGAGGCUAGGACUGGCUACAGGUGCCAUGUUUGUACACGAAAAGUUUAGGAAGGAAAGCAAAGAUGUGGCUUUAGAAAUGAUAGCUAACCUAAGAGCUGCAUUCAUAGACUUACUGCUGGAGAAUGAUUGGAUGGAUAAUGAAACUAGAGCUGUUGCUAGGGAGAAGGCUACUGCAAUUAAGGAGAGAAUAGGAUAUCCAGACUUCAUAUUGGAUCCAGAAAAGUUGGAUAAAAAAUUUGAGACACUGCAUUUUGAACCAGAUGAAUAUUUUGAGAACAUCUUGCGAGUAGAGAGAUAUGAUUCUAACAGGACAAUGGCUAAAUUUAGACAACCGGUGGAAAAAGAUGUAUGGGAGCAGGACCCAGCUGUAGUGAAUGCCUUUUACAAUCCUAACACUAAUGAUAUAGUGUUUGCAGCUGGAAUGCUUCAGCCACCUUUCUACAGUGAAUACUUCCCAAAGUCAUUAAAUUAUGGUGGUAUUGGUGUGGUUAUUGGACAUGAAAUUACACAUGGUUUUGAUGAUAAAGGGAGACAAUAUGAUAAAGAUGGUAACAUGAAGCAGUGGUGGAAGAAUGAAACUAUACAAGCAUUUCAGGAUAGAACACAAUGUAUCAUAGAGCAGUAUUCUAACGUGAAGUUAGAACAGAUUGGUGUCAAUAUUGAUGGUAAAAAUACACAAGGUGAAAAUAUAGCAGAUAACGGUGGUCUAAAACAAGCAUAUAGGGCCUAUAAGAUGUGGGAGAAAGAGCAUGGUCCCGAACCUCUGUUACCAGGUCUUGACAUGACGCAUGACCAGCUGUUCUUUCUCAACUUUGCCCAGAUAUGGUGUGGUAACAUGAGGGACAAGGCCGCUCUAGAGAAAAUCAGAACAUCAGCUCACAGUCCUGGCCCAAUUAGAGCGAGGUUGCCACUUGCCAAUUCUGAAGACUUUUCUCGGGCUUACAACUGUCCAUUGGGUAGCAGAAUGAAUCCUGUUCACAAGUGUUCAGUAUGGUGAAAAAUAGUGGCCACGAUUCAUUCAUACAUUCAUUAUAUGUAUGGUGAGCAGUGAUGGCCAUCAUUUACAAAUUUAUUACCUGUACAGUGAAAAAAAUGGCCAACAUUCAUUAAACAUAUGGUGAGCAAAGAUGGCUGUCAUUCACACAUUUAUCAACAGUAUAGUGAAAAAAAAAGGCCAUCAUUUCAGCAUUUACUACCUGUAUGGUGGGAAAAAAUGGCCAUCAUUAUUUACAGCCAUCGUUAUAUGUAUGGUGAGCAAAGAUGGCCAUCAUUUACACAUUCAUUACCUGUAAAGUGGGAAAAAAAUGUCUUUUCAGCAUUCAUUAACCAUAUGGUGAGCAAAGAUGGCCAUCAUUUAUACAUGCAUUACCUGUAUGGUGAAACAUAAUGGCCAUCAUACAAACAUGCAUACGUAUAUUUACCUGCGUACCUGGUCAUCAUUUACAUAUUCAUAUCCAGUAUGGUGAGCAAGGAUGGUCAUCAGAACAUUACUUGUACAGAGAAAAAAAAUGGCUUUAUUGUAAAAAAAAAACAAUUUUGUGUGUUUACCUAGUGUAAAUUUGAUAUCUUAAAGAUGAAGAUUGUGUAUUAUAUUUGUGUUUUACACUAAACUAAUCAAAUGCCAAAACUGACGUGUGUGAUAUAAUAAUGGCUGCUGUCAGUGUUCAAUGUUUGUGGAACAGUAAAAUCCAGUCAAGUUCAGUGUAAUUAUUGCCGGA